AUGGACAAUAUGUUGGAAUUGUCACUGUUGAAGUCAGAGGAGACUUUAGUAAUUGAUGAUAUAUAUUUGGCAGCAAAACCCAUUGAGUAUCUGCUGUUUGUGGUUAACGAGAAUCAGUACCAUAAGUUGAGUUCUCAAGUCAGUAACCUGGAAGCCCUAUCGACCCCAAGAGAAAUAAAGAGCUGGACCUUAGGUUCCUUCUUAAAUAUUUGUCUCUAUGUGAGAGUGACUAGUUUAGGUUUCGUAUCAUACGCGGCCGAGCUCCACCUGGUCCACUUCAAGAAGGACUACGGCACUUUGGCAAAGGCCCUCAAGCACAAGGAUGGCGUGGUGGUGCUUGGGGUGAUGGUCGAGGCCGACGACAAUGACAAUGAGCGCCUCCAGCCCUUCGUGGACGCACUCGAGGAGGUCGUCGAGUUGGGAACCGAAUUCCACCCGGACUACAACAUACCCCUCGAUGCCCUCUUGCCCGAGGAGGAGGACAGGCACCUCUUCUUCCGCUACCAGGGCUCUCUGACCACGCCCCUUUGCAACGAGGUGGUGACGUGGACCCUCUUUCAGACGCCCAUCGCCCUUUCGAGCAAUCAGCUCGCCCAGUUCCGCGCCCUCAUCAGCCACGACGGCCGGCACCGCCUUCAGGACAACUUCAGGCCCGUCCAGCCCCUCAACGGAAGAGAGGUGGACAACACAGAUGUGCCCGGUAGUAGCCGAUGGCCGAUGUUGUGGAAAAUCAGGUCCCAUACCCCUGGAUACACCCAAGAACAACGAUUGCUAAAUAACCCCAAUAUUACUGAAAUGCGUAGUGUGGAAGUGACAACAUAA